AGUACCUGGCACGGCACCUAUAAACAACCUUCCACGCCGCGCCCCAAAACCCUAGACUCUCUCGCCUACUGGCCGCAAAACUUAACCCUAACCCUAGCGGAGAGAGGACGAGCUCGACAACCAUGGCGGAUAUUUCAAAUGUGGCGGACGUGGGAGGGGCGCAGCCGAAGAAGAGGACCUUCAGGAAGUUCUCCUACCGAGGUGUCGAUCUCGAUCAGCUCCUCGACAUGGGAACCGACGAGCUUGUCAAGCUCUUCCAUGCCCGAGCUCGCAGAAGGUUUCAGAGAGGUCUGAAGAGGAAGCCCAUGGCUCUGAUCAAGAAGCUUCGCAAGGCGAAGCGUGAUGCUCCUCCUGGGGAGAAGCCUGAACCUGUGAGAACCCACCUUCGGAACAUGAUAAUAGUCCCAGAGAUGAUUGGAAGCAUUAUCGGUGUCUAUAAUGGGAAAACUUUCAACCAGGUUGAAAUCAAGCCUGAAAUGAUUGGUCACUACUUGGCGGAGUUCUCCAUCUCAUAUAAGCCUGUGAAGCAUGGAAGGCCUGGUAUUGGUGCCACCCACUCCUCCCGUUUCAUUCCUCUCAAGUAAAAGCCAAAUAUCAGGCAAAGGGUUAGGGGAUCAAAGACAGUGCUUCUGGUUGUUAUUGAAUUUUUCUUGCUUUGGUCAGUUCAAGCUUUAGCUUUCAGUGCUGUAUUUCUAAGGAAUAUAUUCUCGCUUUUGCUCGUUGUGUCAUGACUUGUCCAACUUGAAUUUAUAUUGAAUCCUUAAUUGAGUUUUGUCCCUUCUUAAGUAUCAUACAAGCUCCGAUUGCAGCGUCUUUAGAUGUGUAACAGGUAUUUUGGCACUUGUUCUACAAAUUUGAGUUUGAUAGGAAAGUCUAGUUUCAUCUUAGUUUGCCUGUAACUGCUGAAGCUGAUUUGAAUGUAUUUUCCAAGUCAGUUGCUA